AUGGCUGGACGGAAUGAUCAUGUGAUAGCUGAUGCUCUUCAAGCCUUAGCUCAGGCUAUAAGGAAUCCAAACAGGGGAGAAGUCGGUGGAGCUGUUGAGUACCAAGUUCAUUAUUUAGGGACGCCACACCAAGGGUUGGACCGCUUCCAACGAAACAAUCCUCCUUCUUUCAGUGGGGGAUACAACCCUGAUGGUGCUCAGAAUUGGAUAAGGGAAAUUGAGAAAAAUUUUCAAGUUAUGGCAUGUCCGGAGGGGCAAAAGGUUGCUUUUGGUACAUAUACUCUAGUGGAAGAAGUUGAGUAUUGGUGGGAGAAUACUCGCCAAUGCCUAGAGGCUGAAGGUCAAGAUGUGACCUGGGAUGUCUUCAAUAGGGUAUUUUUGGAGAAAUACUUUCCUGAGGAUGUUAGGAACAAGAAAUAG